UUUAAGUGGAUUCCAUGAGAGCCGGGGCCCUCAGUCGAAAUGGCAGCCGACGGCAGUUGGCCUAUACUACUCUUGUUGGUCUCAACACAGGCCAUUAUUCACGCAGAGAAUCUGAGUGAAUCCACGCCCGGCCCCGAUGAGGAGUACAAUGUGAGCACAACUCCGGGUGCGCCGCUGGAAGAGACCACCAAUCGCUUGGCUGCUCGCGUUGAGCCAUACGAUAAGGGCGAUCGGGAGCAGUACGAUGUGAUCGAUGUGGCCACUGCCACGGGCACGGUGAUGGGCAAGCCCAGGAGUGGCCAGACCACGAGGAUCUACACCACCGGCGAAGUGGACGAGAGCUUUUGGCUGAAGCAUCUGGGCGAUGACUUCAAACAUGCCAUCCAUCUGCAGGUGGGCGGCACCAACGAAGAGUACAAUCGCCUGAUCAAUCGGACCCAGAACGGUGUCCACGAGGAGGUGCAUCACGAGUAUUUACCGGGGGCCGAACGACCUGGCAGUGGAGUUCAACCUCCAUCUCCUCUACCUGCGCCGUACCAAUCGCGUCCAACUUAUCGUCAGGGCUUCGACAAUCGAGCCAUGGCCAUGAAACAGCAGUAUCUCAUCCAUCAGCAGACCCAGCAGUCGCAUCCUGCCCAGCAACGCUAUAACUAUGCCCAACAGCACGCACAACACUAUGCACCACCACCACAACCACAAUACCCACAGCACACACCACACAGAAACACGUAUGCAAAGCCUCAGAAUUAUGGGCAGCAGAAUUACAAGCCGCAGAGUUAUAUCAUCAACUCUAGCGAGGAUCAGCUGCACGCCGAGCAAUCGAAUCCCUCGCCGGUGAAAUCAGCUGGAGAGGAUCGGCAGCAUAACGAGGAGGAGUUGGACUCCUUUGGCGGUCAGCUCAACUUCAAGUCACCCUUCAAUGACUACGGCAGUCGACCCGCGCGAGAUCUCACCUAUCUUCUCUAUAAGCGGGGUCUCUAGAAGCUAAAUCCACGUCCACGUCAAACCAAAGACUUGCGGUCUCCAGUCCAUUGAGUUCUAUAAAUGCGACUGAGCCACACACACCACACACCACACAUACACACACGACAACACAUCACACACAACAUGAACUACACUGAGAUUAAGAAAAUUAUUAAAAAAAAUAAUAAAAUUAAUAAAAAAAUAUAUAUAUAUAUAUAAAAAAUUGUUAUUGUUUGGAUUGAAAUAAGAAAACAUUUUCAGUGACUCAUAUAAUACACUACUCUACAAGUUUAAAUUGAAUCAACAAUUUACUUUUCAUGGCUUAGGUUUUAAGUAACAAUGUUUAUAAGCUUUAAAUAAGUUUUAGGUAAAACAAAUGUUUUAAAUAUAAGAUACUGUAUUUCACAUUGAGACGAAACAAUCCACCGAAAAUGAUAGCAUAUAAGAAUAUUGCCAUUUAUUUUUUAAAAUAAAGAUGCCUUUAAAGAG